CCCUCCCCUCCCUCGGCUUGAUUGGCCGCGUUCGAAGUCCAAUGUUUGGCCGAGGGGAAGGUGCGGGGGGAGCACCAUCAUCACCGCCGCCGCUAAUUCCAGCCGCUCCUGUGAGGCUCCAAUCCCGCUAAAGAGGCUUAGCAGUCGGUUGUAGCAGGGCAUUUGGCGACUCGAACCGAAGUAGGACUCCUCUUUUUGAAUUGUUCGACUGGAACGUUCAAGCGAAACCAACCUGGCUCCUGGCUCUUGGCUCUCGUCCGCUGUCUCGCUUGUUCAGCUCGGCGUUGCAGUUCGGUUUGGUUUGGCGCGAGCGAUGUCCGUCCGGGGCUCGGUGACACCGCUCGGGCGUUAAUUGCUCAGCGACGGAAAUUUUCAUGGUUAACUCUUUGCAUUCUUGCAGUUUACUUUGGACAUUUUGCUACCUCCACAAUGUGUUUUAACACCAUCCCGCAGUUGAGGCUCGGUUGAGCGCCCCCACCCCCUUUCGAAGUAACCCUCCAGACAUUCCGAGCCAUGGCCAAGAACCAGUCCGACACACCGGGCGGCGACCUGGGCCAAAUGAGCGACGACGAGCUCCUUCGUGGCGGCAAAGAGGAGCUCCUUCGUCUGCUGCGCCGAGUCGACGGCGAGAAGAUGAACCUGAUGAUUGAGCACGGCAACCUGAGGAAGGAUAUCAACCGGCGGCUGCAGGUGCACCUCCACGAGAUCCGCAGCCUGAAGGAGAUCAACCAGAAGCUCCAAGACGACAACCAAGAGCUCCGGGAGCUUUGCUGCUUCCUGGACGACGACCGACAGAAGGGCAAGAAGCUGUCCCGGGAGUGGCAGCGCUUUGGCCGCUACACGGCCAGCGCCAUGUGGAAGGAGGUGGGCACCUACAUGCUGAAGCUCAAGGAGCUGGAGGCCAACCAGGAGACAGUUUUGCGGGAGAACACCGAACUCAAGGAAAUCAUCCUCAUGCUGGACGAGGAGAGGAACGGCGCGGGCUCCAGGAGUUCCAUCGAUAGCCAGUCCAGCCUGACUAACCUCAACGGGGGCACCGGUACUGUCCGGGACGUUGGGGAUGGGAGCAGCACCUCCAGCGCUGGAAGCGCCGGGAGUCCGGACCACCACAAUCACAGCCACCCCCACAACCCCGUCAACAAGCCCGCUGCGGAGAGCACCAAGUUGGGCCAACCCAUGCGGAGGUCCAUGGACGACCUGUCGGUGCCGCACCAUCACAGGAGCAUCCCCAAUGGACUCAAUGAUCCCUCCUCCAACUACAUCCGGCAACUGGAGACCAAAGUGCGAAUCCUGGAGGACGAUAACAACAAGCUACUGUCACAGGCUCAUAAUCGUUAUAGUAUGUCACGGAUACAAAUGAAGAAGUGCAAUCCAGGUGACUUGCGAGCCCUCCGGAAAGGGAUGAACCUGUACCACUCCGAGUCGCAGCUGUCCUCGCUGCCCCAACGCCAGGACGCCUUGCACAACAUGGUUUCAGGUCGUCUCCCCACCAGCGAAUCCUCUCCAGCCACGGGAUAUUUGUCAUGCGUGCAGAAGCCCGAGGCUGUGGUGCAUGCCAUGAAGGUGCUGGAGGUGCAUGAGAACUUGGACAAGCAGGUUCCUGAGGACUAUGAAGAUGACCUCAGCGAGAAAGAGAAGGCCAUCGUCAGAGAGAUGUGCAACGUCGUGUGGAGGAAGUUGGGUGAUGCAGCUGGCUCCAAACUGUCCAUUCGCCAGCAUCUGUCCGGCAACCAGUUCAAGGGGCCCAUGUAAUAAUGCCAGCUGGUGACAGCAUCAAUGUUUUACCAGGGAAAUCAAUUGAGAACAUUUUCCUCAAUUGCUCUACCUGGUAAAACAUUGGAGAGGAGGGAAAAAAAAAAAAAAAAAAAAACAGAA